AUGUCUGAAAUCAGAUUCAGCAAUCUUACUUGGGAUCAAAUCAAAACACUGCACCAAGUUUUGGAUGGAGUAACUCCGGUUCAUGGAAGAGGGAAUUUUCCCACACUGGAGGUGAAACCAAAAGAUGUCAUUCAUGUUGUGAAAAAUGAACUCAUAGAACAAGGAAUUAUUGUCAAAGAUACACGGUUAAAUGGUUCCACAGCAAGUUACGUACUUGCAAGCCAUAAUGGAAUCACCUAUAAGGAUCUGGACAUUAUUUUUGGUGUUGAACUUCCAAGUGAUCAAGAAUUUCAGAUUAUUAAGGAUACAGUUCUGGGCUGUCUACUUGACUUUUUACCAAAAGGUGUGAAAAAGGAAAAGAUCACCUCUAAGACCAUGAGAGAUGCUUACGUGCAGAAGAUGGUUAAAGUUUGUGAUCAGAGUGAUCGGUGGAGUCUCAUCUCUCUCUCAAAUAACACUGGUAAGAAUGUAGAGCUAAAAUUUGUGAAUUCACUCAGACGCCAAUUUGAAUUUAGUGUAGAUUCCUUUCAAAUAGUUUUAGAUACUAUGUUGGACUUCUAUUGUGACAAAAAUGCCAAGCUCAACAAAGAAUCCUACCCAGUUGUAGUGGCUGAAAGCAUGUACGGAGACUUUCAAGAAGCAAUGACACAUUUGCGAUACAAGCUUAUAUCUACCAGAAAACCUGAAGAGAUUAGAGGAGGUGGCCUUCUGAAGUAUAGCAACUUACUGGUUCGUGAUUUCAAGCCAGCGUGUGAAACAGAAAUCAAGGUCCUGGAACGUUAUAUGUGUUCUAGAUUCUUCAUUGAUUUUCCUGAUGUAGUAGAACAACAAAAGAAAAUUGAAUCAUACCUCCGCAACCACUUCAUAGGUGAAGAAAAGAGCAAGUACAACUACCUUAUGACUUUGCAUGGAGUUGUGAGUGAUAGCACUGUUUGUCUCAUGGGACAUGAAAGAAGGCAGACACUCAAUAUGAUCACUCUUAUGGCUUUAAAAGUGCUGGGAGAGCAGAAUAUUUUACCCAGCACAGACAAUGUAACUUGUUUCUAUCAGCCUGCUCCAUACUUAGCUCUUGAAAGAGGGUAUCGUACUUACUAUGUAACAUCUGGGCCACCACCUAUUUUUUUUCAGCCAUAUUACCCAAUGCACUUUUGUAUACCACACAACAUGGUGUAA